AUGAAGUCAUUUAUCAAAGUGAAUAUCUUUAAAUCAAAAUCGUCUGGAGGAUUGUUCGGGAGAGACUUGCGAAAGAUAGACCCCAAAUUUUUGAAGUUGGGCAUACCAUUCUUUAUGUGGGAAAUUGGUCAGUGUGUUCUUUUAACUCCCAAAGAAGGGGUUUUCAGAGUCACUGGUGAUGUUUCCGUCGUCUCUAAAAUGAAGAAAGAAAUAGUGAAACAUAACGAUGUCACCUUUAAAACAAAGUACAAGAAGGACAUUCACUCGAUGGUUGCAGUCAUCUCAACAUUUCUACGUGAACUCCCAACACCAAUUUUGAGUAAUUCGAAUAGGACCAUGUUCUCAAGUAUAAUCACUCGAUUUCAUUGUGUUUCCGACUUGCCAAAAACAGUUGUAGCCCUUACAUUAGCUUUGUCGACUUUAGAUAAGACGAAUAGAAAGUAUUUACUUUUUUUACUAAAUAUGUAUUAUACACUUUGUGCAAACGACACAUCAGGAACAGUCAAUUUUUUUAAUACUGCAACUUGUGUCGCUCCUUCAUUCUUCUCGCAGAGGUAUUCGACAAUGUCUGCGAUGUCGUACACAAUAGAGUCUCAAGUGCUUAUCAUUUCGACGCUAAUUUCGAUGUACCCACUCUUAAGUUUCCAAUUUGAAGAAUCUCAUGAAGUUCUCUGUACCAAGUAUAAUAUCUCUCAAGAGCAAUAUGAAACCUUCUUGGCCUAUCCUGAGUCAUACAAUCUUGGGAACAUUCAUUUUAGUUAA